AUGACCGGAUUGUUGACUUCCACCACUCCUUCCUCCACUUCUACCGAAACCCUCGAUACACUCACCCCCACUUCUCCUUCUUCAACAAACACUGCAAACUCCAGACAUGCAGAACGUAUCAAGGAAUUACAAAUAGAGCUGCAACAUUUGAAAGUCGAACUAGGUGAUCAUAAUCCACAACAAAUCGUUCAAGAUCAUAUCAAGCUGUUGCAUGAAUAUAACGAGAUCAAAGAUGGCACUCAAGCAUUGAUAGGUAAAUACGCUCAACUUACGGGUAGGACUGUUAGAGAGAUACACCAGGAGAUGGGAUUGCCUCUUACUGACUGA